UUACAUUUAGACUUAUUCUUUAAGUCGGAAGCUGAGAAAGUGGAGUAUAGGAGAAAGAAGUUGAGGAAUAUAAAAGUGUAGAUUUGUGGUGUUAAUUCAAUUGCAGAAGACGAAGGUUGACGUACGACUUUUUUGACCGAUAGCCGGUGGCGCCGCCCGUCUCGCCCCCCUUCCCCUGAAAAUUACUCCAUUAUUGAAAGAAAAUCAUAAAAUUAUUCUAGGUUUCGUGCAAAGAAUCUCUCUCUUACGGGUUCGACCACAAAAAUAGUCAAAUCCUAAUCACAAGACAAUGGCCUCUUCAGGUGAUGCAUGGGUAAGGGAAUAUAAUGAAGCAGUUAGACUUGCUGAUGAUAUCACUAACAUGAUAUCUGAAAGAAGUUCACUGCCACCUUCUGGGCCAGAAGCACAGCGGCAUGCAUCAACCAUACGGAGGAAAAUUACGAUACUGGGAACCAGAUUGGAUAGCCUGCAAUCUCUUCUGCAAAAGCUUCAUGGAAAGCAAUCUCUGACAGAGAAAGAAAUGAAUCGUCGCCGCGACAUGGUGAAUAAUUUGAGAUCAAAAGUAACUCAGAUGGCUUCCACGUUGAACAUGUCAAACUUUGCUAAUAGAGACAGCUUACUUGGACCAGAGAUAAAACCUGCUGAUGCAAUGAGCCGAAUAAGUGGCCUUGACAAUCAAGGGGUUGUUGGUCUGCAAAGACAAGUCAUGAGAGAGCAAGAUGAGGGUCUUGAAAAAUUGGAGGAGACAGUCUUAAGCACCAAACACAUUGCACUUGCAGUGAAUGAAGAACUUGAUCUUCAUACAAGACUAAUUGAUGAUCUUGAUCAGCAUGUUGAGGUUACGGACUCCAGACUACAGCGAGUACAGAAGAGGCUUGCAAUAUUAAACAAGCGGACUAAGGGCGGCUGCUCCUGCAUGUGUAUGCUUCUAUCAGUGAUAGGGAUUGUCGGUUUGGUUGCUGUUAUAUAUGUACUAGUCAAAUAUUUGUAAAUUCGAGAAGAGACAAAUAAUUUAUUUCGCGUGUUUCUGUUUUCAAAAUGACUGAUUUGUUGGUUCAAGUUAUGUUGAGUGGAAAGCUUUGUAUGUAUGUAUUGACUGAGACGAAUACAGUUCUUGUAUUUGUGAUCAAGUAUAUGGUUCCAUGA